UUUUUUUUUUUUUGCAGUGGGUAUCAUAGUGGGUGACCCUAUAUAUAACAAUUUCACCCUUAUUGAUAACCAUAUUAUUGAAAGGCUAGAGGAAACCGAUCUCAAUGAUUUUCAUUUACAUGAUGUAACGAAAUGUUUCCCAUUUCUUUGUUAAUAUAUGUUAUAUUUGUGUAAUAAUUAUGAUGAAUGUAUAUAGGAACACUAUAUUCACGUUCACAUGUCUUUAACAUUUGAUUAAUUUAUUAAUGAAUUAUGGUUGUUUAAUGCAGUGAUAAUAUGAACAUACGGUGUCGUUGUUCUGGCCGUAGAUUCCUCUCUGGAAUCCAUUUGCUCUCAGAAGUGAAAAAGGAUGUAAUAAGAGAACUUGGUUUUGGUGGGCUAUUGCAAUUAGGUUGUAAGGAGGUUAAUUUAGAUUUAUGUUUUUGGUUGAUAAAAAACACAAACAUUGCUUAUUCCCAACUCGAGUUAUUUGGGGGUAAGAAGGUUUCUUUGACAUGUCAUGAUGUUGGGAUGACGAUGGGCAUUCCACAUAGUGGAAGAAAGUUAAUUGUUGAGAAGGGAAGUGUUAAAGCUAGUCAAAUGCCGAGUUUGCAAGAUAUAGAGUCAAUGAUGGUUGGCAUCGAUGAUAUGGAGGAAUUUAAGCGGGUCUUCUUGAUUUUCGCUUGUGCAACCUUAUUGGCACCCACAUCUCGUUUGGAAGGUAGUCACUCGUUAUGGUAUACACCUCGAGAGCAGUUACUUGGGAACAUAAAUUGGGGAGAAUAUGUCUUAGAAUUUUUUAUUCAAGCUAUACAUGAACAUAGGAGGAAGGAAAGUGUUUGGAUUAAAGGGUGUUUGAUGUUUCUACAGAUAUUCUACUUUUCAAUAUCUAAUUUUUCAGCCAUGUAUGUGGAACUUAUCACUCCUCGCAUUACUGUAUGGAACGAUUUUUUGGUCAAGCAACGCAUCAAGUUGGAGUUAGAAAUGCUUGGAGGAUUUGACAAAGUUGAGGUAUAA